CUCACAUUCGCACCCUUUCUACCCAACUUAUUCGGGUGCCUCCGUUCCUCUUUUCCUAGGUUCCAUGGCACUUAUGAUUACCCACCCCCAUCCUCACUCUCAAUCCUAGUGUUGAUAUUAUUCACCGUCAAGAUGGUCGACCCCGACCCGUCGGUCAGCAAUGGGACCUGCUUCUACGCUCUGGGAUUUUUCUCUCAUUACAAAUUUAUUCCCUGCGGCAACGCAGCCCUGGGCCAUAUUCAUUGCUGCCAGGCGGGUGAUCACUGCCUCGAGGAAAACGCCUGCUACAACGACAGAUACGGCACAACCUACCUGACCGGAUGCACCGACCCCGAUUACAAAGAUGCGAGCUGUCCGGACAAGAAGUCGUACUCCGAAUACCCGUGGGCUGGCUUAGUCUACUGCAAAUUCAACCGAUGGAUGGCAUGCGAAGAGGCAGGCAGGCCAGCCUUCGUCAAGACAGGCGACGAGUGCGACUGCCCCUCCGACUCCGAAUCAAUGACCGUCGCCUUCUCAGCCGCAUCCAUCAUCCCCGGCGUCGGCGUUCUGCCCGCCACAUCAGGAGGCACGAUCGAGUGGUCAUCCGGGCACCUCCCGACCGCCACCCCAUCACCCACCACCACCGACUCCGACCCCAACCCCAACCCCCCACCCUCCACGACCUUACCCUCAGGCAUCACCCUCCCCCUCCCAACCUCCCCCUCAACCGACCAACCAAACAACAACACCAGCAGCGGCCUCAGCACGGGCGCAAAAGCAGGCAUCGGCACCGGCGCCGCCGUCGGCGCCAUCCUCCUCCUCGGCGCCCUCUCCGCGCUAUGGCUGGUCUUCCGACGGCGGCGGCGCCGCGGCAAUGGCGGCAAGAACAACAACAACAACACGGGCCAGGUCGAUACCACGCUCUCGGGCGCAGAGACGGGGGUGGGUCCGGGCCUGGGCCCGGGCCCCGUGUUACUGUUGCCGCAGACUCCUGGCGUUGACAAGCUCCCCGCGGCGGAGAUGCCCACGCCGGAGGUGCCGCCGCGGCCGGCGUUCUCGGAGCUGCCGGGUGGUGGGGGGGCUGGUGGGCCGUGGGUGGUUAGGCCGGAGUUGCUGGGGGAUGUGUCGCCGCCGGGGAGCCCGCCGGGGACGGUUGGGAGUGGAGGGUGGGAGGGUCAGGGUGGUGGGGCGGCUGCACCGGGUGGGCUGGGUGAGCAUCAUGGGCAGCAGGUUUAUCAGAAUAUGGUGCAGGGUGAGGGGCAUGGUCAACAAGCUUAUCAUGCAGCACAGAGCGAGGGGGAUAGUCAGCAAGCCUAUUAUAUGGCGCAGAACGAGGAGCAGGGGCGGUGGGUUCCGGCGCCAGAGGGAUCUAGGACGGGUCAGGGCGGUGUGUUGGAGUUGCCUGCGUGAGGGACGGGCGAGGGGGUUGGGGUUAGGAUCUGCGAAUGUAUGUCGGUUGUAAAAUGUGAGAUGAGAUGUUAAAGUAAGAUUCGGGCGUCUGUUUCAUUCAGUAAUCCGUGAUGUCGACCGAGGACACGUCCUCUCAAGGUUACAUCUGGCACGUCAAACACCGCUGCAGCCUUCCGAAUGCUUGGGAUUUGGCCCGAACUUAGUUAGCGCUUCGAUCGCUAAUUGA